AUGGUAGUGGUUCAUGCAAAAUGGUCACGUGUCCUACAUGCCUUUGCACCGGGAUGGCAAUGGCAAGCAAGAGUGAUCCUCGAAUUGACCCCUUCAUUUAGUGGUGCAUUGCAUCAUUGUGUCUCUUGUCAUCAGCUGAAAAAUGAUAAUGUCAUGUUAGUUGCAUCUUCAAGCUGGCUAAACAUCAUACCUGCCCCGGUUGAUGGCACAAGCUUGCAUGAAUCUCUUGUCUAUUUGGCUACUGUUCUUGAGUACUUGGCUGCUGGGGUUUUGGAGCUGGUUGGGAAUGCUGCUAGAGACAAUAAGAAGUCCUGCAUCAUUCCAAGGCAUCUUUUGGCUGUCAGAAAUGAUGAGGAGCUUGGGAAAUUGCUAGCUGGUGUGACAAUUUCAAGUGGUGGUGUUUUGCCAAACAUAAACUCUGUUCUCUUGCCUAAAAAGUCUAAGGAAGCUUCAAAAUCUCCAAAAAAGAAUUGA